AUGGGCCACUAUGAGUUUCUACCUUUAUGUGAUGUCCUAUUCAACAUCAUCUCAUUGGCUGCUUAUUUUUGUGAUAUAGUAUUUGACCUUACCAUGGCUUAUGCUCUAUAUGAACGUCAGAGAGUUCUAUGGUACUCUUCAACACUAUUCUUUGCUUGCUUUUCCCUUUUAGUUUGCCAAGCAGUUUCUUGUCGUUGGUACUUACGCAGUAUAGAUGCUCGUAACAACAGUGAGCCUCCUGAGGAGGGAACAGCUGUGCCGAAGAAGAGUAAGCUGUUUAGAAAGAUGGUUAUAAUCUUGGUACAUCUUCUACAGCUAGGAGUUCUUUGGAGAUACUUUAAACUUUUCAUGCCUGUGGAUUUGAGAUAUGUCAAGUUUGAAGUUAGAGACUUAUGUAUUCUUCGAUUGGUUCAUGCUUUUUGCCAAUCUGCUCCAUUACUCUUAAUACAGCUACAUCUUCUUAUGAAUGAAAAAUUUGAUGAAGACUUCACAGACUUAAAUAUAGUCUCAGUAAGCUUGUCAUUAUUCAGUGUUUGCUGGGCCUUGGCAUCAUUUAGUAAGAACGUGAGGAUGCACAAUGUACAUAAACUUGUGCUCACUUGGCUUGGUGUGAUUUUUCAGUUUCUGUGGAGGCUUGGAACAGUGAGUUCAAGGGCUACUUGCCUAGUAUAUUAUGCAUCUGCUUAUGGUCCGUGGCUCUUAUUAGUAGUUGUUCUCCAUUGGGCAGUGGUUUUCCUGUGGUUAGUCUGCCCUGGUGUAAGUGCCUCUAACCCUCCGACAGUGACCACUAAGGGAGGUGCCCUUAGGGCGACAUGGUUGGCUGCAGCUCUAGCUUUCCUUCACCUUAUAGCUUAUGCGAAUCUUGAUGACAAUUCUUCUCGUCUGAAAGCGGUUAUGUUUUAUGUUGUCAUGGGUGUUGAGAAUCUUGUCUUAUUAAUUUCUUGGUACCUGACAAUUAAGCCAAAUUAUAUACCCUUUAUACCUUUAGGUGCAAUACUUUCUUAUAUUUUAGGAUUGUUCUUUAUGGCGUUAUAUUAUAGAUUUUUCCAUGUUCGGAGGUUAAAGUAUGAAGCUGGAGGAAGAAUGUCAACUCCAGAGAAUUGUGCUCAAGAGUCACCUGAGGUAACUGGAAGCACCCCGACCUCUGGGUCGCUGGGCACCCCUGUCAAGGAAGAGGUUACACCACCACAGAUUUCCUUAAAAAAUCAUAGCACUAGAUACAGGUAUUAUGGCAAUACCCAUAGACAUGGAGGGAUACCUGGUGUUUUCAACUGCCGCUUUACUAAUCCAUAUACUGCAGCUAUGACGAAACGUAAGAAAAAGAAACCUACUUCUUUUGUUCCACCACCUUCAGUUUUGCCGUCGAAUCACUGUCCUUUACCUUUCUGGUGUAGACCAUUGGUCUCAGAAGAAAAAAAUUCAAGUCCAUUGGCCCGCUUGGAGGAAAAGAAACGACAGCAGCUUGUACAAUUAGACAAUUGGCAGCGAUAUCCUCAGCAGCUUACACCUGCUUACCUCAGGUACUAUUUAUUAAUGAAAAAUGAAUUAAGUUUACUCUUUGUGUGCCAGGUCCAUUUCUUUCACCUUUUACCACCUGAAAUUUUUUUUUAUGCAAAAUGACAUUUUUGUGUUUGAUUUACUUCCUUAAAUAAUACAGAAAUAAUUAAAACAUUGUUUAAGUAUGUUUUUUUUAUUGCAACAGCUGAAAACUCG